AUGCAGAGCAUCAGGACUCAGACCUCCAGAGCCUGCAUGUCCAGCCACAGUGACCCAAGCCCGGGUCAGGAGGGCCUGUCUUGGAGGACAGAGGAGCAGGAGUGGAUCCCCUGGAGCAGCCCCAGGACCUCCAUGGUAGAUCCAGAGUCGGACGGAGAGCUCCAAGCCUUUAUCACGAUGAGGAACGAGGCAGAUACGUACACAGAGGAGUGGGAGAAGCUCAACUAUGACAUCCACAGUCUGAGGUACACCAAACGAGAGAUCAGCAGCCGAUGGAAGAAGAUUCUGACACAGCUAGGCUACCAGCGUGAGGUUGACUCUCUCCUGACGGUGAACAGACAGCUGUUACAGACAACACUGAGUGAAUCGGAUAACCUGAACAGAGCCAGACAGCUGUUACAGACCACUCUGGACCACUCUAGUUUGUUCCCACGAGGAGUGGCUAGCACAGACAGAUACCUCUUUGUUAUGGAUCGCUUGGUGUCUCUGGAUAGUGCAGAGGAUUUCAUCAGACUGGCGAAGGAGAAAUACCCAAAGAGCGAGAGUUGUGAAUGAGAGCCAGAAUGGAGAGACAGAAUGGAGAGAGGAUGUUUUGUGCUCCUCCUACCGGCACUAGAAGGAAUGUGAAGAUCCCGGACGUCCCUUUAACUGAUUCUAACUGACCUCCUCACAUUUUAUAUUAGAACGUCUAAUGUACCUACAAAAGUCAUUUUCUAUACACGUUGUUGUGUUUCAUAGUUUCAGUAUUGUUAUGGCAAGAACUAAACAUUUAAUUGACUAACUAAAUUGAUUCUCUCGAUGUCUAUCAAUGUCAUCUGAACAGACAGUUCGUGUCACAGCUGCUGGUAUUUCAAUCAAAUGUAUUUAUAAAGCCCUUUUUACAUCAGCCGAUGUCACAAAGUUCUGUAUAGAAACCCAGCCUAAAACCCCAAAACAACAAGCAAUGCAGAUGGAGAGGCAUAUCAUGUACCGGCAUUAUCUGACCAGUAGAGAGCGCAGUUUGUCCUCAUCCACGAGUAGACAACCCAGGCAGAAGGCCAGCAUGACCUCAGGAUCACAAAACCUUCACGCCCGGGGUCACAAAAUCUUCACGCCCGGGGUCACAAAAUCUUCACGCCCGGGUCACAAAACCUUCACACCCGGGGUCACAAAAUCUUCACGCCAGGGUCACAAAACCUUCACGCCUGGGUCACAAAACCUUCACGCCAGGGUCACAAAACCUUCACGCCCGGGGUCACAAAAUCUUCACGCCCGGGUCACAAGACCUUCACGCCAGGGUCACAAAACCUUCACGUCAGGGUCACAAAACCUUCAUGCCCGGGUCACAAAACCUUCACAUCCGGGUCACAAAACCUUCACGUCAGGGACACAAAACCUUCACGUCCGGGUCACAAAACCUUCACACCCGGGUCACAAAACCUUCACGCCAGGGUCACAAAACCUUCACGUCAGGGACACAAAACCUUCAUGUUAGGGUCACAAAUCUUCACGUCAGGGUCACAAAACCUUCAUGUUAGGGUCACAAAACCUUCAUGUUAGGGUCACAAAACCUUCAUGUUAGGGUCACAAAACCUUCACGCCCGGGUUACAAAACCUUCACAUCAUGGUCACAAAACCUUCACGUCAGGGUCACAAAACCUUCACGUCAGGGUCACAAAACCUUCAUGCCAGGGUCACAAAACCUUCACGCCCGGGUCACAAAACCUUCACACCCGGGUCACAAAACCUUCACGUCAGGGUCACAAAACCUUCAC